UCAGGCAACUUCAGGAAGGGGCUGUGCUUUCGGAGUCCCUCCAGAGCCAAGUGAGGAGGUCCCUCUCUUUCCCUCUCCCUCUCUCUCUGUUUUAAAGGACCUCGUGAAAUAGAAGCGCAGAAAACAAACCCCGGCGAUCACAGCAGCAGCCGCGGCGGCAGGAGGAGAAGUCGGCGCGGGGCAGGCUCCGCAGCGGCCGGGCUCCCGGGCUCCCAUUCAUUAAGGGGCCGGCCGCCGAGGAGGUGGCCGCGCAGCCGCCCCCCCGCCGCCCCCGCUCGGCGAAGCUUCUGCUUGGGACCUGGCUCUCUCCCCCCGUGGACUUUCGAACGAUCUGGGUUGAGAGGAAAGCGCGGAGCACCCGGGCAGCAGACGCCCCCGCCUGCGGUCGGAAGCGGGCGGCGGGGCUGCACUCGCCGCCGCGCGCGGGCCGGGCCGCCCGCCACCGUCCCGAGCAGCGCCGGCCGGGAGGCGACGCGGGCGCCCGGGUGUGCGGGGCGCCGUCGCGGGGCGGGAAGCUCGCGCCGCAGCCAGCGCCAUGCAGAACUACAAGUACGACAAGGCGAUCGCCCCGGACAGCAAGAACGGCGGCAGCCCGGCGCUCAGCAGCAGCCCGAGGAGGGGCGGCAGCAAGCGGGCGCUGCUCGUCUGCCUCGACCUCUUCUGCCUCUUCAUGGCGGGCCUGCCCUUCCUCAUCAUUGAGACGAGCACCAUCAAGCCUUACCAUCGAGGGUUUUACUGCAAUGACGAGAGCAUCAAGUAUCCCCUGAAAACUGGAGAGACGAUAAAUGAUGCUGUGCUCUGCGCUGUGGGGAUUGUCAUCGCCAUCCUCGCGAUCAUCACAGGGGAAUUCUACCGGAUCUAUUACCUGAAGGAGAAGUCCCGGUCGACCGUGCAGAAUCCCUAUGUUGCAGCGCUCUAUAAGCAAGUGGGUUGCUUCCUCUUUGGCUGUGCCAUCAGCCAGUCCUUCACAGACAUUGCCAAAGUCUCCAUAGGGCGCCUGCGUCCUCACUUCUUGAGCGUCUGCAACCCUGAUUUCAGCCAGAUCAACUGCUCCGAGGGCUACAUCCAAAACUACAAAUGCAGAGGUGACGACAGCAAGGUCCAGGAAGCCAGGAAGUCCUUCUUCUCUGGCCAUGCCUCCUUCUCCAUGUACACGAUGCUGUAUUUGGUGCUGUACCUGCAGGCCCGCUUCACUUGGCGAGGUGCCCGCCUGCUCCGGCCCCUCCUGCAGUUCACUCUCAUCAUGAUGGCCUUCUACACAGGACUGUCUCGUGUCUCUGACCACAAGCACCAUCCCAGCGAUGUCCUGGCAGGAUUUGCUCAAGGCGCCCUGGUGGCCUGCUGCAUAAUCUCUGAUUUGUGCUUCUAGGUUUUCUUCGUGUCCGACCUCUUCAAGACCAAGACGACACUCUCCCUGCCUCCCCCUGCUAUCAGGAAGGAAAUCCUUUCACCUGUGGACAUUAUUGACAGGAACAAUCACCACAACAUGGUGUAGAUCCACGUGCCUCCUGAGCUGUUUUUGUAAAAUGACUGCUGACAGCAAGUCCUUGCUGCUCUCCAAUCUCAUCAGACAGUAGAAUGUAGGGGAAAACUUUUUGCCCGACUGAUCUAAAAAAGGAAAAAAAAAGUCUUACUCUGUGGCCUUCCAAAACAGGUAGCGUUCACCUAUCAGGAAACAACAGCAGCCUAACACCAAGUGCCGGAAUCCUGGAUGUGCAGUUGAUUUAAAAUGUUCAUGUUCUAGUGAACACGGCUUGUUCUGGAACAAACACUAAAACGAUUUCAGUAGGGUCUGCCCGUCACUUUUGUGACCUGGGAAUCCCAGGCCUGUGAGAAAAACUCAAAUUCACAUUUUAGCACACGAUGCCAGAAAUAGCACUGAAUCAAGAAAAUAGCCGUCGAGGGGCUCCCCUCUUGUGUCUCUCUGUCCACACCACUCCAGUUUCCACUGUAACUUUGGUUCAGGAAGUUUCUUGGGUUUUUUUCUUUUUACAUGGAAGCACAGAGCUCAGUCAAGUGAUUAGAUCCUGAAUCCAAAUGCCCCAUCCUAAGGCCUUAUCACUCACUUCCCUGGCCCAUAGGCCCGCAGCCACGAUCCCUCACUUUAGUGACUAGGAGACUCUGUGGAUGAGUCAAUUUCACAAAUAGCACAAUUUCAGAAGAGAUGGAGGGUACAGGCCCUCAUUUGUCUUCUUUUGACGCACCAUCCUGUGAUGUUGAAACGUCAGUUGCAGGAUGCUGAUGCUGUGCACAUCAAUCACCGGGCACUCGCACGCUCUUGGUAAUGGUUAGCUUCCGUUACUGCUUUCUCUCUUGAGAUCCUUGCUGUGUGCUCACCGGGAUUUCUUGUGAGGGUCUGGAGACGAGCAAAGGCCUGAUCUGCUACUGGCUGAGGGACAGCAGCCUUCGUGCAAGAGAUGGGGGAGUGAAAGGGGCAAGAAUGAAAAUUAAGCCAAGCUGUUGGCUACAAAAGUCAGAAUGAGCCAGAGUAGCAGACAGUCUCACGCCUGAGAGGCUGCCCUUCUAGAUAACGGAGCUGGCGAGGGUCUCUGUGGGAGUCACUCUUGCUAAGCUGUGUGAAGCACUAUUGUCUUGGGGUUGAUCUCUAGGGCAGUUCUUGGUAGGUUCUGCUGGGCAGAACACGUGGGUCACAUCUCCGUGGAGAGCGUUCCUCAUCCUCUGUGCGUAAGUGUCCUUCCAAGCAAGGUCUCACUCUAGGCAGUAGACAGGGACCCCUUCUACUGAACCUUUGAGGAAAGGAGGAAGAAAUGCUUUCAGAUCUUGGAUGCAAACCCUUCAAAGGGCUAAAUGUAACCACAUGGGUCAACCACAUGCACAUCCUUACUACAGAAGCCGUCCUUUCAUUUCAACUUAUAGCAAGCUAUGAUUUUUAUAUAUAAAUAUUAUAUAAAUAAUGUAUAAAACAUUAAAAGUUAACUAUGUAAAAUAUUAUUUCUGAAACAAUUUUAGCUAUAUCCACUAUGAUUAUAAACUGUGUCUCGACCUGUGUUAUUUACGUUAGCUGCUUAAAAAAGCAUCGAGUUAAUUUUUUUUAAUAUCGACUAAAAUAUCGUAGUUCUGUGGUAGACAUUGUUUUACAAUGAAAGAAAUAACUGCAACUAGAGAAAAGUGUAUAAAAACAUUAAAUUGUCAGUAUUUUUGUAAGGUUCCAUUUUGUAAAGAUAAUAAUAUUCAAAGACUUUUGUAGAAUACAAAGUGAAAACUUGUAUCUGCGAAACUAUACUUGUAUUAAAUGUGCUUUUUAAAUAAAAGCUCAUAACACAACUAAUUAAGGAA